AUGAGGACAUCAACAUCACUCAUCGCAGCCGCGAUCCUCGUCUUGGCCUCCCUCGCACAAGCACAACUCCCCACCCCGACAGAAGGGGCCGGUUUCCUACCCCAACCCCCCUCUCAACCCUCAAUCGCAGGCGGAGCAGGCCCCUUUGGCGUCUCCUCCCUCUCCCGUUCCUCCUCCUUCAAUUUCGACCAGGCAGGCCAAGUAGCCCAGACCACAACCUACCAGCCUCCUGGCCCCUCCUACGCUGCGACGAAUGUGGCGGACGGUAACUACAACACGAACACGGAUACGACGACUAUUGCCAAUGGCCAGGACACGGCAAGGACUACCCUGCCUAGCCUGACCAGCAGCUCCACCGCGACGGCGAGCGCCGUCACCCCGAAUGGGGCGAGGGGACAGUGGAGCGCCGCAGCAGUCGGGCCUGUCGUGGCGGCAGGUAUUGCCGCUGUCAUCGGCGCCGGGCUGGUCAUGUGA